AUGAACAGCAAUGCUGAAUUAAAAGUUAUCUAUGGCAACAGUUGUCCAACUGUUGGGGGUACGGGCCAUAUUGACGUGCAUUUCCUGGAGUAUUCUGACACUUGUUGGGAAGACUUAAAUACAAAUAGAUGUGACCCAAUGUUUACCUUUUGUCUGAGCACGCCACAGAAAGGAAGACUCAAAGUGGAUAACUGUAAUUAUGACAGUACAGCCCAAAGUGCCGAUGUGUUCGGGAAUACCAACUACAUUAACACCGAGCACCUGACCAGCAUUGGGGGGCUUAAAAAUCCCUGGAGUGUUCAAGUACAGAAGUUUAUUGAGCCUUCUGUGAUGCUUGUUGUCCAAGUCAUUGACGCGGAUUAUAUUGACGAUGACCACAUGCAGACAUUUGCAAAAACUCUGACGGAAACAGUCUGGCCAGACAAGGAACAUUCUAUUUGGGAGAAUAGAAUUAUGAGUCAGAAUUCACACACUAUCAAAUUCAAAGUGCGGAUGUACUGCGACCCUUAUUAUUACACAUCUGCCUGUGAUAAAUAUUGUAAACCCGACGAUUCAAGUUCUGGACACUUCACUUGUGAUGCAAAUGGAGAUAAAAUAUGCAUGCCUGGCUGGCAAGGGAGUCAGUGCACCGAGGACACUGACGAAUGUGCUCUGGGUUUUUGUGUCAGAGGCACAUGCAAAAAUACUCCUGGAGAUUACAGCUGCGACUGUCCAGAACAUUACACAGGCAAGAAUUGCUCCUAUUUGAAGAAUCCGUGCCAAGAACAGCCUUGUCUAAAUGGUGGCACUUGUUUUGCACAUGCUACAGAACAUGUCUACAUCUGCCAGUGUAUGCCAAACUGGGAGGGCAUUAACUGUCAAAUGUUUGCCCUUCGACUUCCAUGGAAGAACCAUGUCAACAUUGUAGGUAGUGUAACUCCUACUAGAAUACUAACUCGUUAUCCACAAUACUAA